GGCUGUCUGAUGUUCGAACAAUUUUAAACUAGACGGUUGUUCAAUGUUGUUUUUCGGCUAAAAUGUCUUCCGCCUCUGGAGCAACCCUGACGAUGGGAUUUCACCGUGUUUACCUGCGAGAAGCCUCCACAGAUAUUCGCAGCAUCCCCCCGCUUACCCCCAGGCCUCGGCUUUUCUCCCCGUGAAGGAAAACCAGCACAGUGGGCGUUCUGGGGCGAGCCCGUGUUACCCUGAAUGACCGAUUUCACCACACGGCCUGCCAGCCGGGACGGCUGGAGAGCACCGAACCGGCCCGCGGCCACCGGCGCCCUCCGCCGUCACGGGAGCCCCGCGCUGCCCUCAGGGGCGGCCGGGACCGCGCGGGGCCCGUUCCCCCUCACCGCGGCGGGGCCGGGCCCGCGGCGCCGCCUCAGGCCGCGGGGAGGGGCCCUGGCCUCCGUCUAUUGUGCGGCUUCUGGCGCAGCUCCGUCGCUGCCUGAAAACCCCUCCACCGGCCGCUCCUUCCCCCCAGACUCAAUUCGGCUCCGCUGCCCGCUCCGCACCUCGCGGAAGGCGGCGCGAGUACCGGUUUUUACCGUUUCGGAGCCGCGGUCGGGUGUUUUGCUCAGGCGUUCGCGGCGGGCAGCCCGGGCGUUGCGAGGCGGCGAGAGGCGGGUCCUUCCCCCCUCCCCCGCUCGGUAUAAGAGCGCCGCCGCAGUCGGGCCCGAGCGCCGCCACCGCCUCCUCACGGUCCGUUCGCGGAGCCACCGCCGCCUCACGAGGCUAUCAUUUGAAAACUGCUUUUGAGAUCUGACAUCAUUUGAGCAGUUGAA